AUGUUGUGGCCUUCAAGUAAUACGAACUCUAAGCGAAAAUGCUUUCUUGGUUUGGCACUUAACGGUGGAACUGAAGUAGAGACACCUGUGGCUCUGCAGCGCAUUGAAGCUCAGCGCAGGCCUAACAUGGUAGGGAUAUACCCGGCCGCUGACGCUUUGGAGGAUAGCGAGAAACGAAAAGAGAGCAGUGCGCUUUUCGCAGGGGUGUGGUGUGCGUGCAAACGCCGUUUUUCUUCUCUGCUUUCCUCAGACCAUCCCGAGUCUCGUGCAACGCUCCACAUCCAGCGCCGCGCCGCUUUGGCACUUCCUCUCCCUCCCUUCCUCUUCGCACACCAAAUCGUGAAUUUCAGAGAACUGCAGAGCCUACAGCAGCGACAGGCACCUGUGGACGAAGAGGGGUCCUCAUCGGCAACGCCUCCAGAGAAAGGCGGGGGGCAGGGGCCGAAGAAAGAUGCGUCGGGCCGCUUGCGCCCACUGCUGGUAAACAUCGUGGAUAGCGAGGGAGGACAGCCCGUGGGCUGUGGUCUUUUUCAUUGCCGACCGCUGAUAGCUGUGCGGACUUUAGAGGGCCUCGCCCCCAGUCAGCCUCUAGACGCGGCGUACGUUGGGCAGAAGCUCAGGGAGGCAGCCGAGCGGCGGCGAGGACUGCCACGCGACGCUUUCUGCGAGGAGCGCACACCCAAACGCCUCAAUGCAGACGCAGGGGUCCGAGAUGCGGCCUCUCCAGAGGGAACCGGCGGAUCCGCCCUUCGCUGGGGUUUCUAUCGUUUGAUUAACGGAGAGAGGAGCGAGCUGCUGACUGUACCCUUGCUGGAAGCGCUGCAGGAGGCCCUGCGGCCGUUGGCAGUCGUGCUAAGGAACGAUUCCCUCCAGCGCCAGCUUGAGCGAGACUCUACAAUGCAGCAAUAUACUGCUGUCUUAGCUGGAGAAGUCCAGGGGUGGCAAUGGAUCGAGGAGGGCGGAGUCAGGUUCCCAGUCGACAUCUGCAAAGGCCAUGAGACUGGAUGGUAUUACGAUCGCAGAGAGGCGCGUGAGGCCGUAGCACGCCUUUCCAAGGGCGCCAAGAUUUUGGACUUGCAUUGUCACUCCGCAGCGUUCAGCGUUGGGGCGCUGCAGAGGGGAGGCGCGCGCCAGGCUGUUUGCGUUGAUACCUCUCCUUUGUCUCUGGGACUGGCGGAAGCAGCAGCGGCGGCAAACAAUGUGCAGCACCAGGUGUCGCUGCAUCAAGCCGAUGCGCUGGAGUGGCUGCUUCGACAGGCAGGAGAGACGCAGCCGGAUUCUCAGGACAGCCACGAAGGUAGCCAAGUCACUGCUUCCGCAAGAGGCCAAGAUGGUGAGUUUCACCCCCACGUUUUCGCCCGGGGUCAUCUCUGUCCACGGUGUAGCAGAGGCUAUGGCCGUUCGUGCAUUGUAGCUUUGACAACGCGGGGGCACAACAAACCGAGCUACGAUUUCUCCGAGUUCACCAUUGGGGGCUCUCCAAAGAUGUUCGAGUCUGAUCAAGAAACGAAACAUCGCGAGUUUGACGUGGUCAUAAUGGACCCUCCUUCGCCCCAUCGCCGCAGCCUGGUGCCUGCUUUCACGGCUGACCUGCAACAGCUCGCUGCUGCAGCGGCUUCCCGGAUCAGCAAGGGAGGACGCCUGGUAGUCGUAGAUAGCAGCAGAUUCCUCGAGCUGCAGCAGCUGCUCGAGCUGCUCGCUGGCUCCAUCGCAACGGUAGGAAGAACAGCCGUCAUGGAGAUGCACGGGGGCCCUUCUCUGGACUGCCCGCAAGAUCUGCGGUCCCAGGGGCCAGUAGGGAUGAAUUGGGUGGUGUUGCAGCUCGUGUAG